CGCCCGUUCUCAUCAGUUUGCAGCGAACCUGGGAACGAUCCGGAGCGUCACCAAUCCACAGCUGUGUGUGCCGCCCGGUCUUACAUUGUUAGUCAAAUAGCAACGGAUUCCAGCAAACAGGUUUUUCAGCGGUGGCGACCAUUUGUGAACAGACGAAUACACAUAAGUUGAGGUGACGAGAAUCGUCGUCAGCAUGUCUACAGCGAUUAGCAAGCAAGACAAGAUCAAACAAUCCGAUAGUGUGCCGAAGAAAACGAACAAACCAAACCUAGCAUCAGGCUUUAUACCUCCCGAUGGCGGCUGGGGUUGGAUGGUGGUUCUGGCAGCUGGAUGUUCGAAUUUAUGCACAUUCCCGGUGCUUCAGCAGUUCGGUUUGCUCUUCCGCGAACGGAUGAGUCUUCUGGAUAUCAACUCUUCAGAGAUCACAACCAUCAUCAACACAAACUCGGCACUCAUGUCCAUUGUUGGUCUUCUAAAUGGACCGAUGUUUCGUCGAUUCACCUUCCGCCAAGUGGCCUUCUUCGGAGCAUCGCUGGUAACUGUUGGCUUGAUGUUGACAUCCAUGGCCAACUCGUUUCUUGUCUACCUCAUUACCUUCUCAGUAUUAUACGGCUCGGGCGUCGGCAUAACCGCUUCAGCUAACUCUCUCGCACUCAACACAUACUUCAAGGAGAAGCGCCGUUACGCGACCGGAUUCUCCUGGACAGCGACUGCCCUUGGUCCCAUCAUCGCUCCUCAUAUCAUCACUUUCCUGUUGCCACGCUUCGAUGUCGAAGGAACCGUUCUGAUCUUCGCCGGUUUCGCAAUGAAUGCCAUCGUUUGCUCGCUAUUGCUCCAACCGGUUCACUGGCAUGCAAAGGCCUUGCCAUCGUCCGAAGUUGAAGCGAACCCCGAACCACUAUUCGAACAGUGUCAGCACUGUCAAUCUCAGUCCCGUCCACUGCGAAGGGAUCACAGCGUCCUCUCCAGUCAGUAUAUCUACAACGCAGACGAUGCUUGUACCCCGGGGUACGAGAUCAUCGAUCCGGGCACUCCGAUGUUGUCCCGAGCCAACGACGGUUGGUAUGGUUCUCGAAUGAAUUUGGGCACCCCUAGUCGGAUGCCUUCGGCGAGACCUUCUUACGCGAAUCUGUCCAGUGCAAUCGAACGGCAUCCCAAAAGCGUGACUGAACGCCAAUAUCAGUCGGAUAACAAUAGCGCUAAAGGCGGCUUCAGACGAAGGUCCAACACUUUCAAUCGGGAGAAAGAUGUUCUCAAAAUGGCGUCCAGCAAGCUGGAGCAGAUCCUUGACCACGAGUCUUGCUGUCGCUGUACUUGUGAAGAGGACCGGAAGGCCAUCAUGGAAAGCGUUGAGGAGGAAACACCGGAAGAACUUAGUUUUCUUCAGAAAGUGGUAAUUUUCUUCGACUUGGAUCUCCUGAAAGAUUUGAUCUACGUGAACAUCAUGGUCGGUAUAACGCUGGCCAAUUUCGCCGAGUUGAAUUUCUCCGUUCUGACGCCGUUCGUGCUCGGAGAUUUCGGCUUGACAAAAGAGCAAAUCGCGCUGGCAAUGUCCUUCCUGGGGGCGAUGGAUAUUUUCUGUCGCUUUACAAUUCCUUUCAUUGCCGGAAAGAUUGGAUGGGAGAAUCGCACAUUCUUCCUAUUCGGAGUGCUCAACAUGGCGUUGGGCAGAGUUGUUUUAGCGCAUUUCCACUCGUAUCCAGUCGUUAUGGCCGUAGCCUGUUGGAUCGGCUUCAACAAAGGUCUCCGAACGGUGUUCAUGGCGCUGGCAAUUCCCUCGCACGUUCCACUCGAGCGACUUCCCGGAGCGACUGGCAUUCAGCUGCUGUUUUCCGGACUGUUCUACCUCUUCGUUGGACCCGUUAUCGGCUUUAUCCGUGAUCGUACCAACUACACCAUCACGCUGCACUGUCUCAAUUUGGCCACAUACACGAUGGCUAUCAGCUGGGCCGUGGAAAUGUUCUACCUGACACCGAGACGACUCCAGAAACAAACACAACCACACGGCGAAGCAGUAACGGAGCAGGAACAAAAAGCGCACCUUCUGAAACAGAAACAGGAAGUCAUCACAGGUAGACAGUAG